AUGUCUCAGGUGAUGUCCAGCCCCCUGCUGGCAGGAGGCCACACAGUCAGCUUGGCUCCCUGUGAAGAACCCAGGAGGGCACUGCACCCAGCACCCAGCCCCAACCUGCCUCCCCAGUGUUCUUACUACACUAUGGAAGGCUGGGGAACCCAGGCCCUCAUGGCCCCCAUAUCCUGCAAGGGGCCCCCUAGCAGGCUCCAGCAGGCCACACAGGCUGAGGCCAAAGCCAACGGCCUCCUGCAGUCCCCCGGGGAGCAGGCCUCAGGGACCCUGGAGGACCUUGACUCCUACAUUGACUUCUCGCUGGAGAGCCUCAACCAGAUGAUCCUGGAACUGGACCCUACCUUCCAGCUGCUUCCCCCGGGGGCUGGUGGCCCCCAGGCCAAAUCUGCCCAGAGCACCACCUCGAGGAGAAAGAAGGAGGAACCUGAAGCCUUGGAUAUAAAGUACAUCGAGGUGACCUCCACCAGAUCAAGGUGCCAUGAUGGCCCCCAGCGCUGCUCCAGCCCAUCUGUCACCCCGCCCUUCGGCUCUCCACGCAGUGGUGGCCUCCUCCUUUCCAGAGACGUCCCCCGAGAGACCCGAAGCAGCAGCGAGAGCCUCAUCUUCUCUGGGAGCCAGGGCAGGGGGCACCAGCGUCCCCCUCCCCCUUCUGGGGGCUCCUCCCCUCACCCCCCACUAUCCCCCAGCAUCUCUAUCCCUUGUGUGGGGAGCAAGGCCCCGGGCCCCCAUGGCUUGAGCUCCCCAUUGGUGUCUUCUCCAGGCCUGGAGAAGGGGCUGGGGGGCCUGGCCCCACAGCAGGGCAGCAGGGUCUCUGUGCUGUCAGUCAGCCCAGCGUCUGAUGUCAGCUACGUGUUUGGAAGCAGCCAGUCCCUCCUACACUCCUGCAUCUCUAGCCAUCAGUCGUCUUCUAGAUCCUUGGAAAGUCCAGCUGGCUCUUCCUCCAGCCUCCACAGCCUCGGCUCUGUGUCACUGUGUAUGAGACCCAGUGACUUCCAGGCUUCCAGCAACCCCACCCGGAGCAUGGGCCAUCCCAGAGCACCCCACUCCUCAUCAUUGGCCAAAGAACAUGCCAGCAGCUGCCCCCCAUCCAUCACCAACUCCAUGGUGGACAUACCCAUCGUGCUGAUCAAUGGCUGCCCAGAACCAGGGUCUCCCCAACCCCGGAGGACCCUAGGACACCAGGGCUCUGUCCAACCUGGAGCUAUGUCUCCCAGCAACCCCUGUCCAGCCACCAGGAGCCACAACCAGACCCUGCCAGAAGCCUCCCCAACCACGUGUCCAGAGGGUCCCACCAGGGACAUGCAGCCCACCAUGAAGUUCGUGAUGGACACAUCUAAAUACUGGUUUAAGCCAAGCAUCACCCGAGAGCAAGCAAUCGAGCUGCUGAGGAAGGAGGAGCCAGGGGCUUUUGUCAUAAGGGACAGUUCUUCAUACCGAGGCUCCUUUGGUCUAGCCUUGAAGGUGCAGGAGGCCCCGACAUCUGCCCAGAACCAACCAGGCGAGGACAGCAGUGACCUUAUCCGACACUUCCUCAUUGAGUCUUCUGCCAAAGGGGUGCAUCUCAAAGGAGCAGAUGAAGAGCCCUACUUUGGGAGCCUCUCUGCCUUCGUGUGCCAGCAUUCCAUCAUGGCCCUGGCCCUGCCCUGCAAACUUGCCAUCCCGCAGAAAGAACUGGGAGGUGCAGAUGGGGCCUCAGACCCCUCUACAGACAGCCCGGCCUCCUGCCUGAAGAAAUCUGCUGGCUGCCACACCCUGUACCUGAGCUCCGUGAGCGUAGAGACCCUGACCGGCGCCCUGGCCGUGCAGAAGGCCAUCUCCACCACCUUCGAGAGGGAUGUCCUCCCCACGCCCACUGUGGUCCACUUCAAAGUCACGGAGCAGGGUAUCACCCUGACCGAUAUCCAGAGGAAGGUGUUUUUCCGGCGCCAUUACCCCCUCGCCACCCUCCGCUUCUGUGGCAUGGACCCUGAACAACGGAAGUGGCAGAAGUACUGCAAGCCCUCCCGGAUCUUUGGGUUUGUGGCCAAGAGCCAGACGGAGCCCCAGGAUAAUGUGUGCCACCUCUUUGCGGAGUAUGACACAGUCCAGCCAGCCUCACAGGUCAUCAGCCUGGUGGCUGCCCUGCUGCAGGAUGCAGAAAGGAUGUAGGGGAGGGAGUUGCCUGUGCACCUUCCCAGACAUCUCCGGGGCUUGCCUGAGAGCCCACCUCCACCCCCUGAAUGAGUGUGGCCUGUGGCCACAUUGACAGACCAGUCUGUUGGACUAGAAGUGAACAGUAUCAAGUUGAAACCCUUGAACCUGCUGUGACCUUCAGCAGUAACCUUCAUCCAGAUGCCCGUGGGCCUCAGUUUCACCAACCAUGAAGGGAGCCUAAAAGACAAGGUCAGCUGUCUUCUCAGACUUUGGUGGGCAUUUGAACAUGCCCCUCCUUGAUUCUGAAGGAUACCACCAUUCGACAUUCGAGGACACCUGCCUGCAAAUAACCUCCCAGGACCCUCUGAUCC